CAUAGGUUACUGCCCUGGCUUUUAUUCAAAGGGCUCCCUUAGCCAAUACGGCAUAUUUCACGCCGAUCAGCCACUCUACACACCGCGUCACCAAUUUUGUACACCGCAAAAGACCAUCGAACGUCGUCUGAGCUGUCCCCAAGCAUGCUGGUACUAAACGCUGAUAUUCUCCACGUCCUUAUCGCCGAGUUGCUGUCCAACGACGAUACCGAAGUGCGUUCUUCGCUGUCGACUUUGUCCAGGACCUCUCGCGUUAUUCGGGAUUCCUGUCUGCCUUACCUCUUCGCAGAGGUCAAAUGGCCUCACCAGGAAAUGUACGACGAUAUAUCAGGACUUCACUUUUUCCCAGAGACUCUCUGGUCGUACUUUAGGAUCGUGCAUUUGGAUUGGCCAGACGAGUGGUCUGAGCCAAUCCGUUUGCGAUGGGGUGCAUACGAUAAAGAGGGCAACUAUACACCUUACCACCUGGAGAAGCUAAUUUCUGCCAUCCCACAUAUGUCCAGAUUGCAACAAUUUUCCAUGAGCUGCCCUUUCACACCUCCACCCUCGAUAUUCGGUGCUCUCGGACGGUGUCCAACUCUUACCACUUUUAGGGUCUGGGAGACUCCGCUAGAUAUAGGGAUGAUACUCCUGCAACCUGGUUCAGUCCAAAGAGUAACGUUGAGCCCCGUAGAUCAAGCCCUGCGGAUAGGCGAUGGCCCAAUCAACCCGGCUUUCACGGAAGUCAUAUACUACAUGCGCGACUGGAGAAGAAAGUACCGUACGCAACUGACUGACAGAAGGAGCAAGGAGGUUUUUGCUUGUGCUGGAUUUCUCAGGCACCACUCAUCUAAUCUCACGCAGUUGGAGCUAUCAGGAGACCUAUGUUCUUUUGCGACAUUGGCAGCGAAUGAUUGGCCGAACCAUCCGCCCAAGUCUCAGACGUUUUUCCAUGCUGAAUGUAGAAAGGUCACUCCUGGUCUGUUGAGCGUUCUGGAUCGGAUGAAUAAAUUGCAAGAUCUACGCCUGUUAUUCGCUCAGAUGAAAUCUGAGAAAUUCGACUUGUUGACAGAUGAGGCUACCCCAAACGAGGCUGCUUUAUCAAAGUUGGCGACUCUACACAGCUUCGCUGCGUCCAAUGCAUGUAAACUCGAUGGUAUCCUAAGCCAUAUGUCCUCUUUGUCAAGACUUGCAAUAUUGGCCAUAGUCGACCUUCCUCGUUGGCCUAUCGCUCCCACUCAGGCGGAGGUAGAAGGAUUGUUGGGAGACUUGGCCGGAAGUGGUAGCCGUCUCACACAGCUCCGGCUCAUUGUAGAGGACAAGCUUACGCCUGCGCUUUGUUACAUGAUAUCCACCCAAUGCCCUCAUCUUGAAACCUUGGAGAUAGAGCGAUGUGGAUAUCACGAUGGGAAAUCAAUUUCUACAUGGCAAGAGUUCGCUGAAAGCCUGUCCCGACUAUCUCGGCUGCGGAGUCUGCGGAUUUGUAUGCAAUUCCCGGAAUAUGACGAAAUGGAUGACUUUGAGCCUUGGCAUAUGGUCAGGGAGGAAUGUGCGACGUUUUUUGCAAAGGAGCUGAAGUCGUUGAAGAGGGUGGGGUUCGAGUACAGGAAACGUGCCGGUACUCACCGGUACCAGGAUGCGUGGCUUGAGUACGAUAUCGUGCGGAACGAUCGAGAUGGAACAGAAAAGUUGUUCCAGCUGGCACCUACGUGGUAUCCUUUUCCUGAUGCAUGGGAGCCAAGUCCCCUGAACGCUUUGUCCUUCUAACGGUGCAGAGAUAGGAGAUCGAGUCUAUUUUUCUUUCGUUUUAUAUGGCGGCUGCUGUCUAGACACACGGGCACACUACACCUAGUGGUAUGCAUGAUCCUCGGGUGGAGUAUUGUGACAGACAGCUGUACUACACACGCCUACAAGUCUGUUCGGUCGCCUUUUUUGCCUCUCAUUACUGUAAAUUGUACUCGCACUGUACCCACACUGUAUUCACCUUGUUGUAGUUGAUCUAUGAAUGCCUAGCCCAGUCAAGUCUGGUGUUUUACUG